AUGACACUUUAUAUAGGAAUCAGCCCUCCUCUGAGCAUAUGUGGCAGGCCUACGGCGGAUGCUCGAAGCACGGCUUUACGGAAUUUGGACCGCGCGGAGAGGCUCAUCUUCCACGGGUACGAAAAAGAUCGGAGCGACGAGGUGCAUCUUUCGCGUUCAGCACCAAAGCUGGUCCGCUGCGUCGUGGAUCUCGAAGGAGGGCGCGUCCCGCACAAUUUCUUGGGUUUAUAUACCCCGCAGUUACGCAGCCUAGAACUGUCGAACACCCGGUUCGAUUGGGACAUGAUUAGCUGCAAAUCGCUCGUUGGAGGCCUGACGCUGUUGAAGCUGGAGAAGCUGCCUAAGGCUUGUUGUCCUAGUGCACGGGAACUCACGGCAGCUCUCAUGUCUAUGCCCGUCCUCCGUGAACUCAAGAUUGACGUGUAUCGGUAUUCCGGCGAUGACACGCCGCGCCCGGUCGUUACGGACGGGCCCAUCGGGGUAGUGGCGCUAGAGCAACUUGUUUCUUUGUCGAUCACGGGCCCGCGCUGGUUGCAGAUUCAGACAUGGCUGGCUCAUAUGAAAGUCGCCCGAACGGCCUGGCUGGUAUUAAAACCGAACCCCUUCCAAUUUGACGUGGUCGAUCCUUCUGCGUUGAUCGCUUUUCUGGAAGACAACGUGAUAUUCGGGGGCGAAGAGGGCGCGGCCGUGCAUCGUCUGGUGUUACACGUGUCCUACACCGCUGUGAACAGGCUCGAUGCGGAUCGGAAAAGGGAUCCGGGCGGGGACUGGCCAUAUUUGCUCCAUCUCGAAGGCUGGUUCGACACCGAUCGCACCCUCCGGGCUCUUUACAAGAUGCGCUACGACGCGAUGGAAUUCCUGGAGCUCAGCUUGCCGCCUUACUUCAAUCCUUUGCACAUUCGGCACAUCCUUCACCGUUCCCCCAACUUACGUGAGCUCCAUCUCCGAGGUCUUGAAACGUGCAACGUGGUCAUGCCCUUCCUCACCGUCGGCACGGGCGAGGAUUCAGACGGGUCAUCGUCGGACAUGCCGCUCCCGGCCCUUGGACGUAUACAGCUGACCGUGCCACAAUACGAACGAGAGGAACCCCACCAGGGCUGCCUGGACCUCCUCGUGGCUCGAUUUCACGCGUCCGGUCCAGCAUUCGAGCUCGUCCUCCAAGGUGUUCAGCACUUGCCACGACGGGAGUUGCGUAGGGUCCGCCGAGCGGUCGGCGACGCGGAGAUGCUGUAUAUGCGGAACAGCGGCACCCUGUACGUUAGGAAAGGGGAUUGUGCAUUGCUCCCCCAAGACCUCGCUUACUAG